AUGUGGUUAUUACCAGGAGAUCCUUUAGUAUCUCCAUUGCCAGAGUUUAGUAUUGGGUUAUUUAAAGAUGCCGGUCAAAUAACAAGUGGAUCGGCUGGACAGUUAAUGGCUUUUAAUGGGGGCAAGUAUUGGGUUAAUUUCCAGCAAGUAGGAUAUACACCUCUACUUGAUGACGUUGUUUUAGGAGUAAUUAAAGGUAAGGGUAAAGAUUACUACCGAGUAGAUAUUGGUAGUUCUUCUUUAGCUAUUGUAGAUUUUAUGGACUUUCCUAAUGCUACCAAAAGAAACCGACCGACUCUUAGUCUUGGUGAUAUUAUUCUGGGUCAAAUUGUCCUAGAUAGUAAAACUGGAGAUAUUCGGAUUUCCUGUCGGACCGAAGUUGUUACUGAAAUGGGACAACUUAAAGAUGGUAUACUGAUUAAGUGUGGUAUUCUACGCAGUCGAGCUGCUUUCCUUUCACCACCCGAAGUUCUUAAUGGUUUAGUCUCACGCGCCCUCUGGAGUAUGAAUGGUUAUGCCUGGAUUACACCUCCCUCCCCAGAAGCCGUCCAAGCCGUACUUACCGCCCAUCUACCUACUACUACUACUACUGCUAAUUCUACUACUUCUACUACUAAACACUAA